AUGUCUGAAAAACGACUAGUUACAGUUGUUGGUGCUACAGGCGCACAAGGUGGAGCCGUGGUUCGAUCAUUGAUCCAAACUGGAAAAUAUCAAAUUCGUGGGUUAACUCGUGAUGCCAAAAGUGAAAAAGCGCUGAGUGUGGCAAAGUUGAGUGAUCAAAUUGAAAUGGUGACAUGUGAUAUUAACAAAAGAGAAGAUUUGGAACGUGCAUUUAAAGAUUCGUGGGCUGUUUAUGCUUUGACUGAUUUCUGGGCACAACCUGAUAAACCUGAAAUCGAAAUUCAACAAGGAAAGCUGAUGGCGGAUGUGGCUGAUUCAUUGCAAAUACCAUAUUUUAUAUUUAGUACGGUGGAGAAUGUUGACAAGUUAAGUGGAGGAACAAUAAACGUUCCGCAUUUUACGCAAAAAGCUCUGCUCCGUGAUUAUAUCAAAGAGAAGCAUCCGAAUCUGAAAACAAUCUAUGUUGAGCCAGCGUGUUACAUUCAAAAUUGGCAAGGCCUUUCGAAGCCACACAAACUACCUGACGGGACAAUUGUAUUUGCAAGUCCAUUAGAUCAAAAAGCGACACUACACCUCGUUGAUAUCGAAGACACAGGUCCAAUUGUUCGGGAAAUUUUAGAAAAUCCUGAGAAACUCGUCGGACAAGAUAUUUGCAUUUGUGGCGAAGAAAUUCGUUUUGAAGAUGUGUCGAAAAUCUUUACAAAAGUCACAGGUAUUCCAUCAAUAUCAAAAACAUUAACAGAAGAAGAAUAUCGAGGGGCAACGAGUUUCUUGCCAAAAUCUGCUCAAGACGAUCUUUUUAAUAUGUUUAAAUGGUUUGAACAAUAUGGUUAUUACGGAAAGGAGAAAGACUGGACAACGGGAAAACAAUUAACCCAUAUGAACACAUUUGAAGAUUGGCUGAAGAAAACUGGAUGGAAAGGCGAAUAA